GAACGAUUUGCCGUCUCCAUUUCUUUUAUCUUCUCUUCAAUCUCCGUCAGAAUCAUCGCAUUUUGGCAUUUCGCUUGCCCAAUCCCUUCCUAAUAAAAUCUCAUCCAUGCUAUUCCCCUCCGGCCGUUGCCUUUCCUUUCACGAGACCAGCAUUGAGGUUGUCUAUUGUCAAAUUCUCAGGUGCAUUGGGCUGAAAAACGUAUAAUCUGAAAUGUUUCAUCGGGUUUGAUCGCCAUCACAGCCUGUGAAUUCGACAUUGACGGGAUGCAGGGUGAGAUUAAUGUUGGUACUCAUGUCUGGGUUGGAGAUCCAGAUUUAGCUUGGACAGAUGGGAUCGUGGUUAACAUUGAAGGAGAUGAAGCUGAGAUUCAAACUUCUGAUGGAAGGAUGGUUGUUUCGAAUUUUUCAAAAAUACGCCCAAAGGAUUUGGAAGCUCCUGAUGGGGGAGUUGAUGACAUGACCAAGCUAGCCUAUUUGCAUGAGCCAGCUGUCCUGCAUAAUUUGGCAACCAGAUAUGGAGUAAAUGAAAUAUAUACAUAUAGUGGCGACAUUCUCAUUGCUGUGAAUCCAUUCCAAGGACUCCCAUACGUCUAUGAUGCUUGUGUGAUGGAACAAUACAAAGGAGCAGCGCUUGGAGAGCUCAGCCCUCAUGUUUUUGCAAUUGCUGAUGUUGCAUAUAGGGAAAUGAUUAAUGAGGGAAAAAGCAACUCUAUACUGGUCAGUGGUGAAAGUGGAGCAGGUAAGACUGAAACAACUAAAAUGCUUAUGCGCUACCUUGCAUAUUUGGGUGGCCAUGCUGGCACUGCUGCUGAUGGACGAACUAUUGAAAAACAAGUUCUAGAAUCAAAUCCUGUUCUUGAAGCCUUUGGAAAUGCAAAAACUGUCAGGAAUAACAAUUCCAGUCGUUUUGGAAAAUUUGUUGAGAUUCAAUUUGAUAAUCAUGGACGAAUAUCAGGAGCAGCCAUCAGAACAUAUCUUUUAGAAAGAUCUCGCGUUUGUCAAAUUUCAGAUCCUGAGCGGAACUUCCACUGCUUUUACCUGCUUUGUGCUGCACCACAAGAGGAAAUUGAGAGAUAUAAGUUGGGAGAUCCCAAGUCGUUUCAUUAUCUUAAUCAAUCCAGUUGCUAUGAGCUGGUUGGUGUGAGUGAUUCCCAUGAUUAUCUUGCCACCAGGAAAGCCAUGGAUAUUGUUGGAAUAAAAAGGGAAGAACAGGAUGCCAUUUUCAGAAUUGUGGCUGCAAUUCUUCAUCUUGGAAAUAUUGAUUUUGCUAAGGGGGACAAUGAUUCAUCAGUGGUAAAAGAUGAAUCUGAAUUCCAUUUUCGAAUGACAGCCGAUCUGCUCAUGUGUGACCAUCAAGCAUUGCAAAAUGCACUGUGUAAGCGUGUAAUGGUCACCCCAGAAGAAAUUAUAAUGAAGAGUCUGAAUCCUGAUGCUGCAGUAAUUAGUAGGGAUGGUUUAGCUAAGACAAUAUAUUCUCGCUUGUUUGAAUGGUUGGUGGAUAAAAUUAAUGCCUCCAUUGGGCAAGAUUGUCACUCAGAAACUCUCAUUGGGGUUCUUGACAUUUAUGGUUUUGAAAGCUUUAAAACUAAUAGUUUUGAACAGUUCUGUAUCAACUUCACAAAUGAAAAGCUGCAACAACAUUUCAACCAGCAUGUGUUCAAGUUGGAGCAAGCAGAAUACAGAAAUGAGGAAAUAUAUUGGAGCUAUGUUGAUUUUGUUGACAACCAAGAUGUCUUGGAUCUAAUUGAAAAGAAACCAACCGGGAUCAUUUCUCUUCUUGAUGAAGCAUGUAUGUUUCCAAAGUCAACCCAUGAAACAUUUGCGCAAAAGCUCUAUCAGACAUUCAAGGAUAACAAACGUUUCAUUAAGCCAAAACUGACUCGUGCAGAUUUUACCAUUGUCCAUUAUGCGGGAGAGGUCCAAUAUCAGUCUGAUCAGUUUUUAGACAAAAAUAAAGAUUACAUUGUUCCUGAACAUCAGGAUUUGUUAAGUGCUUCCAGAUGUUCUUUUGUAGCUUGCCUCUUCCCAUCACUUUCAGAGGAGACAGCUAAAUCUUCCAAGUUUUCAUCUAUUGGUUCUCGUUUUAAGUUACAGCUACAACAAUUGAUGGACACCCUACAUUCAACUGAACCCCACUACAUCAGAUGUGUGAAACCAAACAGUGAAUUAAAACCUGCAAUAUUUGAAAAUGUCAAUGUAUUACAGCAACUACGUUCCUGUGGAGUUCUAGAGGCAAUCAGAGUAAAAUGUGCUGGAUUUCCUACUCGUAGGACCUUUUCUGAGUUCCUAAGACGCUUCACCCUUCUUGCACCAGAAAUUUUGCAAGAGAACUAUGAAGAAAAUGUUGCAUGUAAAUGGAUUCUAGGAAAGGCGGGGCUGACAGGUUAUCAGAUUGGGAAAACAAAGGUUUUCCUAAGAGGUGGUCAGAUGGCUGAACUGGAUGCAAGGAGGGUGAAAGUGCUAGGUCAGUCCGCAACAGUUAUUCAAAAGCAAAUUAGAAGGCACAUAGCUCGCAGACAUUAUAUCAUUAUGAAAAGGGCCUCUAUACGUAUACAGGCUAAUUGGAGAGGGAAGCUUUGUCUUGGAAGGCUGGCACGUGAAUUAUAUCAAAAUAUUAGAAGGGAUGCAGCUGCUGUCAAAAUUCAGAGAAAUUUGCGCAGACAGUUAGCCAGAAAGAGAUAUAACGUUGUCAGAUCUGCUGCAAUUGUACUGCAGACAGGAUUACGGUCCAUGGCUGCUCAUAAUGAAUUAUUAUUUAGAGUGAAAGUGCAAGGCCAGUCUGCAACUAUUAUUCAAAAGCAAAUUAGAAGACGUAUAGCUCGCAGACAUUAUAUUAUUAUGAAGUGGGCCUCUACACGUAUACAGGCUAAUUGGAGAGGGAAACUUUGUCUUGGAAGGCUGGCACGUGAAUUAUAUCAAAAUAUCAAAAGAGAUGCAGCUGCUGUCAAAAUUCAGAAGAAUUUGCACAGGCAAUUAGCCAGAAAGAGAUAUAACAUUGUCAGAUCUGCUGCAAUUGUAUUGCAGACUGGAUUACGGUCCAUGGCUGCUCGUAAUGAAUUAUUAUUUAGAGUGAAAGUGCAAGGCCAGUCAGCAACGGUUAUUCAAAAGCAAAUUAGAAGACAUAUAGCUCGCAGACAUUAUAUUAUUAUGAAGUGGGCCUCUACACGUAUACAGGCUAAUUUCAGAGGGAAACUUUGUCUUGGAAGGCUGGCACGUGAGUUAUAUCAAAAUACCAAAAGGGAUGCCGCUGCUGUCAAAAUUCAGAAGAAUUUGCGCAGACAAUUAGCCAGAAAGAGAUAUAACAUUGUCAGAUCUGCUGCAAUUGUAUUGCAGACUGGAUUACGGUCCAUGGCUGCUCGUAAUGAAUUAUUAUUUGGAGUAAAAGUGCGAGGCCAGUCAGCAACGGUUAUUCAAAAGCAAAUUAGAAAACGUAUAGCUCGCAGGCAUUAUGUUAUUAUGAAGUGGGCUUCUAUACGUAUACAGGCUAAUUGGAGAGGGAAAUUUUGUCUUGGAAGGCUGGCUCGUGAAUUAUAUCAAAAUGUCAAAAGGCAUGCAGCUGCUGUCAAAAUUCAGAAGAAUUUGCGCAGGCAUUUAUCCAGAAAGAGAUAUGAUGUUGUCAGACAUGCUGCAAUUGUAUUGCAGACAGGAUUGCGGUCCAUGGCUGCUUGUAAUGAAUUACUAUUUAGAGUGCAGACCAGGGCUAUAACUAUUGUUCAGGAUGAAAGAGAAACAGAUAAAAUAGAAACAGAGGAGUCUACAAGUCCAGAGUCAGAAAAAGAAUUGGUGAGCAUACUUGCAGGGGAACAGGGACACAAUGUAGUUUUCCCUUUUAUCCAGGAGACUUCAAGCCCACCAACAAUUGAGACCCUUGCUGCACAAGUUCAAAAAUUAAAGGUCUUGUUGCUAGCAGAAAAACGGAGAGCUGAUGAAUCUGAAAGGAAACUUGCUGAAACCAAGCAAUUAAGUGAGAAAAGGGGCAAGAAAUUAGAAGAAACUGAAAAUAGAGUUUAUAAACUUCAAGACUCUCUGAACAGGCUGUUAUAUUCCAUGUCAGACCAAUUUUCACAGCUCAAAUCGAUAUUGCAAUCACCCCCACGCACAACUUCAACUUCUCAACCUAUUGUUCGAGAUAAUUCCUCCAGUUCAGAUAACUCUUCAUCAAGUAGCUCAAAUUCCUCAUCCCUGUCUCCAACUCUGGCUCCCACCUCAGGUAAUGCAUCUGCUGUGGAUUCAUCAUCCCCGCCUUCAACUCCAGCUCCCACCUCAGCCAAUGCAUCUGCUGUGGACUCAUCAUCCCCACCUCCAACUCCGGCCCCCACCUCAGCUAAUUCAUCAAAUGUGGACCCCACUGCUAUAGAGAAAGGAGUUCGGAAUCGCACAGCUACAGAAUCUGCAGGUUCUGAAAAUUGGGAAAGUGAUAAGGAGGGGGCCUUUGAUGACUACUUCUGAUGGAACUUAUUUUGCUUAUGCCUGUUGCUUUUAACUUUAGAUGCCAGUUAGAUUAAACACGGACUUAAUUAGCAUAAUAAGGUGCCUUACCUACACUAAAAUGAUUUAUUAUACAUGGGAAACUGUAGAUAGCACUAAGUUUCUGAGGAUCCUCUAGCUCAAUUUAGUCAUAUCACCCUGUCAAAAUCAUUUCUAGUGAAUGAAGAUUAGUUUUGUCUGUUUUAAAGAACAUCUUGUACUCUCAUCUCUAACUAGUUUCAAUAGUGCAUAAAUAAUCCAUUAAACCUCCAAAUAUUAAUUCUUACAGCUUUGUGUCUCUACUUUAUAUUAUUAAAUGAAUUUUGGAAACACAAUGAGAUGUGCUUUGUGCUUCAUCAAAGACAAGGGAUCAUCCAGCAAUGCAUCCACGGUCACAAAGUACUGUCGAGAAGCAUCAAGAGGACGCGAAAGAGGCUGACAUAUAACAUAAUGCUGGCCGCAGCCUCUUAUCCAAGGCCUUCACUGCUGAAGAUUUUGCACAACAUACAGACUGGCAUCCUGAAAUGGAUGAUUCAAAACCAUAGGUCAUCCUUAUUGAGGUUUCAUCUACAAGGUUCAAAGACACCUUUCCUUUCUAAUGUUGAAAAGAGGAUCUUUCUUAGCACUAUGUGAAAGAGGUGAUACGGGUUUUGUAUCUACAAUUCAAUUCUAAUGAUUAAUCAAGUUCUGGUUUUCUA